UGGGAAGAAACACUAAGUCUUACAAUGCAAGGAAAACUCUUCGGUAUUCAUAUUCCACUAAGACAUCUCAUGGAACGAAGUAUUGUAUCCAAGAUGCAACCAUUAUCUAAUUUUGGAUUAGAAAUUUUGAUGGGCAAAGAUGAAACAAUUGAUUUUGAAGAUUUUUUGAAGAUUUCUUAA